AUGGCAGACAUUGUUAUCUCCGUUGUAGCAAAAGUUGCAGAGUACCUGGUUGCUCCAAUUGGACGUCAACUGGGCUAUCUGUAUAACUACCGUUGCAACCUUGAUAAGCUUGAGGAACAAGUUGAGAAGCUGGGCGUUGCAAGGGGGAGGCUGCAGCGAGAUGUGGAUGAGGCUGAUAGGCAAGGGGAUGAGAUCGAACCUGAUGUCCAGAAGUGGCUGACACGUACAGAAGGGAUCAUCCAAAAGGCAAAGGAAUUGAUUGAAGAUGAGAGGGCUGCAAACACGAGCUGUUUCAAUUUAAAGUUGCGGUACCAGCGAAGCAGGCAAUCCAAGAAGCAGUCUGGGGAUAUCGGUAAAAUCCAAGAAGAAAAUAAAUUUGACAGGGUAUCAUAUUGCCUUCCUCCACAAAGGAUAUGGUCUCCACGCCUCAGAGAUUGUGAAGCUUUGGAAUCGAGAGCAUCUAUUUUAAACGAAAUUAUGGAGGCCUUGAGAAAUGAUGAUAUCAGGAUGAUUGGUGUGUGGGGGAUGGGCGGUGUAGGCAAAACCACUCUUCCCAAUCAAGUAGCGAAAAAGGCCGAGGAAGAUAAGUUGGUUGAAAAUGUGGUUAUGGCAUUAAAUAUAUCCCGAGUUCCGAACGUGACAAAAAUUCAAGGAGAAAUUGCAAGCAUGUUAGGUUUGAAAUUUGAGGAGGAAGAGGGAUCGGGAAGAGCAGCCCGCUUAAGCAAAAAGGAAGCCUGGAGUUUAUUUAAAAAGACAGCAGGUGAUUCAGUGGAGCAGCUUAAGUCCAUAGCAAUUAAAGUACUUAUAGAAUGUGAUGGUCUACCAGUUGCCAUUGUAACAGUUGCAAAGGCAUUAAAAGGCCAGAGUGAGGUUGUGUGGAACAAUGCUUUGCAAGAACUGGAGAAUUCCACAGCAAUAAACAUCGAGGACGUGCAUGAAAAAGUAUACUCAUGUCUGGAGUUGAGCUACAACCACUUGAAAGGUGAUGAAGUGAAGCGUUUGUUCUUACUUUGUGGUAUGCUGGGCUAUGGUGAUAUUUCAAUGGAUCAAUUGUUAAAAUAUGGCAUGGGUUUGGAUUUGUUUGAACACGUGAGUUCAUUGGAGCAAAUAAGAAAUAUACUAGUGACAUUGAUCAAAAUCCUCAAAGGCUCAAGCUUGCUGCUUGAUGCUGAAGAUAGUUAUUACUAUAAGUGGCCUGAUGAAAACAUGGUUGUCAGAAUGCAUGAUGUUGUUGGUGAUGUUGCCAGAGCAAUUGCAGCAAAAGAUCCUCAUCGAUUUGUUGUGAUCAAAGAAGCUCUUGGAUUAGAAGAAUGGCAAAGGAAUGAGGAGUUCAGAAAUUGCAGUCGUAUAUCUUUGCAAUGCAGAGAUCUCCGUGAGCUUCCGGAAAGAUUGUCUUUCAUGCCAGGAUGUGUUUAUUAUAAUAGAUCCGCAAGAACGUUGAAGCUCUGGAGGGUUAACAAACCUUGUUUGGUGGACUGCUUUUCCAAGCUGUUCAAGACAGUUGAAGAUUUAGAAUUGAAUGAGUUGGAGGACACCAAACAAUUUUUUUACGAGCUCGAUACCCAAGGUUUUCUUCAACUCAAGUAUCUCUCUAUAAUUGAUUGUCCUGGGAGACAAUACAUUGUUGACUCGACCAAAGGGGUCCCAUCACACAGUGCCCUUCCUAUCUUGGAGGAAUUGGUUAUUGAUGGCCUCGAGAACAUGGAUGCAGUAUGCUAUGGCCUAAUUCCAGAGGGAUCUUUUGGGAAGUUACGUUCUUUAACAGUGGAUGAUUGUAAGAGGUUGAAAUCUUUCAUAUCCCUUCCCAUGGAGCGAGGAAGGGAUGGAUGGGUGUUACCUGAAAUGGGAUCCUUGGAUUCGACACGGGACUUCUCCUCCACAGGAAGCAGUGCUACCCAGGAGUUAUCUAGGAGUGAUGUUCCCACACCAUUCUUCAAUGAACAGGUAUGUUAA